GCAAUGUCUCUUAAUGUGUGCAAUGUCUUUUAAUGUGUGCAAUGUCUCUUAAUAGCUAACUAAGGCUGGUGGACCUGAACAAUUAGUGAGUGAGUGUAUAUGUGUGUGUGUGUGUGUGUGUUGUAAUGUAUUGUGUGUGUGUGUGUGCGUAAUGUAAUGGCUAACUAACAUUGCUGCCUGUAAACCAGCCAUCCUCACAAAAUGCCAAAGCUGCUGUGGGUGCUGCUGCUCAAUGCCUUGCUCCUGGUCCUGCUCCGGGUGUGUGAGUGCCGGCUCCGGGUCCACGGGGACUGGGACACCAGGCGCCCCCGUCCCCGCAGGGACGAGGGAGGAGAGGCUCCUGGAGCCGAGGAGCCUGAUGGAGACGCAGCAGGAGACCCAGCCCCAAAGGACCCUAAGUGCGCCUACAAGGUGCUGGUGAACGGCCGAGGCGCGGGGAGCAGCGGGAGAGUGUGUUUCAGGACCAGGGACAGCGGGUUCCUCUGCAACAGGAGGGACUGUCGGGUGUAUCGCUCUGGCGCUCUGGUGGCCAAUGUGAUGGGGAACAGCAGUGUGUUCCUGCAGUGGCGACCGUCCUCCCUGCUGAACCUCAGGGGUUUCCGCCUGAACUGCACUUGGAGCGGAAUCUACACCAAAUUCCAAUGCGACAAUGUGGAACUGGGGCUGAGCUGCAGGGACUAUCUGGUCGGGGAGGUGCACGAUAGCGUGGAGUACAGGAUAUGCCUGCAGUCCGUCUACGGCAACGGCAGCGGCAGCCGAGUGGAGGAGGACUGUCUGCAGUUUGUGGUGGAGCCGGCCGGCAUGCAGGACAUCGUGAUCGCCAUGACGGCCGUCGGCGGCUCCAUCUGCGUCAUGUUGGUCAUCAUCUGCCUCCUGGUGGCCUACAUCACCGAGAAGAUCAUGCACCCGGCCUUCGGCAGGCCCUCCUCCUCCUCCUCCAGGAACGGUCACUGCGAACGCAGCGUCAUCACGUAAGGGCGGGUCGGGCAGGCAGGCGGGACGUGUGAGCAGUGACAAUACACACCUACAGCGACAAUCCCUGUUUAAGUGCAAUUUACCUCCACUCUCUCUCUCUCCCUCUCUCUCUCUCUCUCAUCUCUCCCUCCCUCCUUCUGUGCCAUGUGUGGGAAUCAAUGCUGCAGAUCCAACUGGAACGGACCGUUUUGUUGACUGGACACAGGCUUUGAGACGCUAUCUCCCCGCUCCGCUGUGUGAAGGGCGCUAUAUAAGUGCGACUCUUUGUCGUCGCUGAUUGACGUUGUACUAUUACUCCGAGGAAGGAGCGGGCUGGAUGGAGGGCCUGACUUAAACGAGGCAAGCGUUGGUUUUUAAGUGGGACACCACCUACUGAGCGGAGCAUCAACCAGAAGUCAAGAUGAGCAAUCUGGCAAUUUCCCGUCCUGCCCUGGUCAUUCCCGUUACUGCAGAACAGAACAGUCUUGGGCCAGUUCCCAACACAAGACUCUUUACCUCCUUCUCCUUUUCCUGUAUCUCGCCGCUCUCGCUCCCACUUACAUCCCAAGUUUCCCCCUGGAACUGCGCGAAACUCUUACCGGCUCCCCACCGAAUAGCCGCCAACCCAAAUGCCAAGGACAGUCGGAGCAGAAGGGCAAGAGACAUCAACGACUUUACAAAAAAAAAGCACAACCGUUGUAAACUUCUAAAACUAAUACCUGUAUCUCCUGUUAAGGUAGAACUCUCUCUCUCUCUCUCUCAUUUACC